GCUGCAGCCCUUUCCAACCAACACAAAGUGAGAUAACUGACAUCAACAUGGUUGAUUUUGGAGAGAUCUUGAGGAACAUUGGAGAAUUUGGAUUAUUCCAGCAGGUCACUCUGAUUGCAGUUUGCUUUCCAAAUUUCGCACAGCCUUUUAUCUUAGCAAGCUUUCUAUUUGUCCAGUCCGAUCCAGAGCGACACUGUAAGACAGACUGGAUCCUUCAGGCCGACUCUAACCUGACCACAGAGGAGCAGCUGAACCUGACUCUGCCCCGGGAGGAGGACGGGACCUUCAGCAGGUGUCGGAUGUUUGUCCCUGUGGACUGGGAAAUUAAUGCCAUCAGGGAGUACGGACUCAAUGAGACCACAGGGUGCCAAAAUGGAUGGGAGUACUACAACCUGAUGUAUGAUGCCACCAUAAUCACUGAUUUUGAUCUCGUUUGUGACAAAGCUAACUUGGUGGCAGUGAUUCAAGCAGUGUUAAUGGCCGGUCUUCUUGUUGGUUCUGUCAUAUUUGGACCAUUUGCUGAAUCGUUUGGUCGCAAACGAGCAACUCAAAUUACAGCAGUUAUAAUGUUCGUAUUUACUGUAACAACAGCACUAUGCCCCAAUGUCUACUUAUACUUAGCAUCCCAGUUCAUGGUGGGAGUUGGAAACGGAGGCUAUCGAAUCAACUCUGUUAUACUGGCCACUGAAUGGAUCGGACCGUCCAAAAGAUCAUUGGGAGCAUGUGUGGUUCAGCUAUUUGGUGCUGUUGGACAGUGCGCCGUCGCUGGUAUGAUCUACGUCAUCCGACAAUGGAGAGUGGCUCAACUGAUCACAGCAGCUCCACUUGCAGUGGUUGUUAUCUACAUAUGGUUUAUUCCAGAGUCAGCCAGAUGGUUGUUAAGCAGAGGAAGGACAGAAGAGGCUAAACAACUGAUUGUGAAGGCUGCGGCCAUCAACAAACGCACUGUUCCAGACUCUCUGUUGGACGAUAUUGCUGUGAGGGAUGUUGGGAACAAAGGAGGCAUUAAAGUUAUUUUCAGAUCACCUGCACUGACUAAAUAUUUCGUCAUCAUGACACUGGCAUGGUUUUCACUGAGCCUUUCCAUCUUCUGCCUGUACUUCAAUUUGGGAAAUUUCGGCUUGAGCGUCUUUGUGACACAGUUCUUAUUUGGUGCUGUUGAAAUAUCAGCUAAUUUACUGUGUUUUUGGCUGCUGGAGGUUUUUGGUAGAAAAAUAUUAUUCGUAGCAACAAUUCUGGCCGGAGGACUCUCUUGUUUACUCGUCCUUGCAGUUCCUCGAGGAUAUGCCAUUGCUGUUACGUCCUUAGUCGUUACAGGACGUUUUUUCUUGAUCUGGGGUAUCACUAUAUGUAAUAUUUUUGUUCAAGAGUUGUUUCCAACAUCUAUUAGACAAACAGCGACAGCUUUAGGAGCCAUAUCAGGAAGAAUAGGUGGAUUAUUGGCUCCACUGCUCAACAUCUUGGCCAUGUACCACUGGGUCAUACCCACCAUAGUCUUCAGCGGCCUCACACUGAUCAGUGGAGCUCUCAGUUUCCUGCUUCCUGAGACCAGAAGAAAAGAGCUUCCUGAGUCAGCCGAUGAGGCCGAGAACAACAGAGACGAGACCUCCACAAAAACAGCAAGUUGUUCAACUCCAAAUGAAACCAAGCUGUAGACGUGUUUACUUCUAAUUGCACCCAAGUCAUCACUUUACAUCAUAUAAACAGCUGCUGUAGAAGUUGAGAGUAUAAAGUGGUGUACGCUUAAAGGUCUCUUAACAUUUGCUUUGGUUUGUUAUUCGGCUUCUUUUGUCAUUAACAUAGUUGAAAUGAAACUGUUAUUAAUGAACUAUAUUGUUUUUAGACAGUGUGAUUUUGUUUUAUUAUUAUUCUGAGUGUACACUUUACAUAUAAACAUGAUAAAAAUAAAAUAUUGUUCAUAAAUUUUGUGUUUGCAAAAGAAAAAGUCAAACUGUCUUUUAAAUGAUACCGAACCACAUGCCUUUCCAAGAUAAUUAACACAAUAUAUAUGAAUAUCCCAUCAUAAGGCUAAACACCACUGUCUUCUAUUAAAUGUGACAAGACGAAUCAUCAAAAUUACAGACUGGCUAUUUACUUCUAUAUUUGAUAGCAUAAAGGGGGUAAAAAGUAUUAUAUUAACUAUAAUCAGUGGGUACAUAUCAACUGAACAAUAUCUUAAGGUCCCAUAUCAUGCUCAUUUUCAGGUUCAUACUUGUAUUUUGUGUUUCUAAUAGAAGAUGUUUACAUCCUGUUACGUAAAAAAAACACAUAC